CUCGCUCCGUCGACGACGGUGGCGCCCAUUAUGAAAUUGUCCUUGGCCCUGCCGCCGCUGCUGCUGCUUCUUCGCGACGCGCACGGGGCCCACCCGCGGCUGGCUGUCGCGUCAGCGCCGCGGUCGGAGCAGCUGCGGCUGAUCCCGCGGCCAGAGCGGCUGACGGAGCUGCUCAGAGUGCCGGAGCGGCUUCGCGGCGGCGGCGAGGAGGCCGAGGAGGCCAAGCCGGCGCACGAGGUGCAGAGCAGAAAGCGGCUGACCGUGGCCGAGACCGAGGCGGCCGACCCGUCGUCGCUGAUGCUCAGCGCCGACGCGCUCGAGUCGCUCGGCCUCGCGGGUGGCGAGCCGGUGCUGCUGCGCGGCGGCAAGCAGCGCAAGACGGUUUGCGUGGCGGUGGGCUCGGAGAAGGGGCUGUCGGAGGACGACGUCAAGCUCUCCGCCGCCGCUCGCGCCAACCUGCGCCUCUCCGCCGGCGACGCGGUCGUCGCGACGCCGAUGCGGGACCUGCCCGAGGCGGAGCGAGUGGAGCUGUGCCUGAUCAGCGAGUCGGCGGCGGGGUUCGAGGGCGGGUUCGAGGAGCGGUUCGGCGGCCUCACGUCCUACUUCAAGGACAUGGGCAGGCCCGUCACCGAGGGAGACGUCAUCGAGACGGAGGUCGACGGCCAUACGCUGCGCUGGAAAGUGAUGGGGGUGGAGGUGCCCGAGGGUGACGCGGCGCUCUCCGCAUCCGGCAUCGUCGGCGCGGAGACGGAGAUCUUUGCCGAGAACGAGAUCAGCGAAGAGGAGGCGGGCGAGGACUCUGCGAUCGGAUACGCCGACAUCGGCGGGCUCGACAAGGAGCUCGCGCAGCUCCGCGAGCUGAUCGACUUGCCGCUCAAGCAGCCAGAGGUGUUUGACCAUUUGGGCGUGCGGCCGGCGCGCGGCGUCAUUAUCCACGGUCCCGCCGGCUCCGGCAAAACGAUGAUCGCGCAGGCAGUCCGGCAGGAGGCUGGCGUGUGGUUCCGCACCGUCAACGGCCCCGAGAUCAUGGCCAAGCGACCCGGCGAGGCCGAGUCGGCGCUGCGCGAGGUGUUUGAGCAGGCCGAGGCCAACGCGCCCGCCAUCAUCUUCAUCGACGAGCUGGACGCGCUCGCACCAAAGCGCGACAAGGCGCGGCGCGGCCCCCGUCGCCCCUCGCCAACCACUCUCCCACCCCCUCUCCCACCCCCCUGCCAUCCCUCUUCGCCCCUCUCUCCUCCCACCUCACUGCGAUGA